UCAAUUGCUCAUAAAGACCUUAUCGCUGAUUCUCGCGGCUAUUCGAAGAGACCGACUCCGGCGCACGACCUACCGCUGUUAGUUAAUUGGGGUAUAUGUACUUGAUAAGAGAAGGGUGAAAAAAGAUAAAGAAAAUAGUCGGAUAGAGGUACAUGAAAGCCAUGGAUGUAGGGCCUAGCUCGACCGCCUUUGCGCUUUCCAGUUUCCCAUACACCAAUCCUAGCGCUAUGCAGUUCCCCGCUACCGCAGCGCCUGCUUCCGCUAUUCCAGGCGCUUCCAUCAGUGGGAACUACUUUCCCUUCCCCAAUUCCAACCCCAACGUCUAUGAAUCCCCCAGUUCCGAUUUGUUGCAACAACAACACAAUCAACAAUAUCUCAAUGUCGGAGGAACGCGAAAGAUGCGCAAGAGGAAAGCUGAGUCCCAGGACAAUGAAAGACUAUCCAAGAGACUAAGUCUCCUCAAUCUCGAAAAAAAUGGGCAGAAGCUCUACGUCCCAGUCGAGAGCCCCAAGCUCAGGCCGGCUGAAUGCACCUCGCUAACCCAGGUUCCCGAAAAUGAUAGCAUGCAGCUUGACGACUCAAAGCACAAGGUGUACAUCCAUAACCUAGACGACGAGCUCUCAGACACCGAGUCCGAGUCCGACGGCCGCCUUGUCUUUAUACCCGACAUUGAGAAGCAUCUCAUGCAGAACCGCAUCCCGCCCUUAGUACUAGCCAAUAAGGACGGCGAGAUUGCCGGCAUGCAAUUGGUUUUAUACAGAGAGCCUACCUCCUUAACUAUACCCGAGGAGAAGGAUAGCGUGAGGAGAGCCAUCAUUGAAGCGAGACAAAGGGCCAGGGACAAGCAAAAGGAGGAGCUUGAACAACAAGCUGCGCCUCCGUCGAACCCUGCCCCAUCUACGUUUAAUACGCCAAGUACGCCGAUUACUAUGAAUGGAUUUAUGAACCAUAAUGGGGCCGAACUCCCCCCUGACGACGACCCAGAUGCGAUGGAGGUGGACUGAACGGAUUAUGACUAUACGUAUACGGAGUUUGGGCUAAUUUUAUAGAUACCCUGGCGGGUAGGUGCAAUACCAAAGGGACCUAGGUGCUUAUUCUUUACUACAGGCGUAUGAGCGGCGCACUCAACGGCACCAUUUGGACAUUCUGUCAGCAUGCAAUACUUGGUGCCCAUGUAGGCUAC